CCCAAAAUAAAAAACUAGCUCAAUCAAUCACCCAGAAGAUUUACAUUGACAGAAUUCUCACUUUAGUCAUUGACUUAGCGACUUAUUUGCCAUUGAGUGAAAACCUGAGUAGCCAAAACAUGCUUCAAACAGACUCGGAGUUCACUAAAACGCGAUGGAUCUGUACCCUCAUCGGACUGGGCUUUUACCUGGUGGACAUUGUGACAGACGUUGGACUAGCAGUGAAUUACUUCCUGGUCGGAGACCUGGUCUGGGCUGGACUGACUCUGCUCUCUGUGGUGGUCGCAUCGGCAGCCACACAGGUCUUCAGCUACACCUGGUACAGAGAUGACAUGAGAAAACCCCUUGUUAACCCAGGUGGAGAUGGGCUGAUAUGUGAGAUGAAUAGAGGAGGACUGAUUGGACUCCAUGUCAUGCAGACGGGCAUCUUCACCAGGUACUACGACCUGUUGAGGGUGGGAUACAGGGCUGUGUUUUCCAAGCCUCUUGGGCCUGUUGAAUGCCCCAGAGAUGUGCACCUGGCCCUGUUUGGCCGAGCGACUGAUCUGAGCAUGCUCAAACUGUUUGAGACGUUCCUUGAGAGCGUUCCACAGCUAGUCCUCCAACUCUACAUUAUGCUGGGCCACGGACACAGGUCCAUACUACAAUGCAUCUGCAUGGUGGGCUCAUUCAUCAACAUCGCCUGGGCUAUAGUGGACUACCGCCGGUGUCUCCGUCGAUCCUUACCCCAGCUCCGAGAGAUGCCUUCUGGCCUCCCUACCUUCGUCUACCUCCUAUACAAGCUGUUGACCAUCACCGCUCACAUCCUCAGCCUCAGCCUCUUCCUCGUCCUCAGCCCCUACAGUACCCUGGGAAUGGCUGUCGUCUGGCUGGCCGGAACCCUCUGGGCCCAUUGGGUCCGUACUGAUUUCUGCAUGUCUAAAGGUCUAGAGAGGCUCUAUCGGAUCAUCGUGGGAGUCGUCCUCAUAUUCACCUUCUUUAACGUGAAAGGACAGGAUACCAGAUGGCCGAUGGCUGUGUACUACGUUCUCUUUGCGUUAGUGAACCUCUCUGGUCCUUUGCUGCUGGUUCUGGUGAGGCCAGAGGUUAACGCUACUGAGUACUUCUGGCCGGUGACUCUGCUGAUAUUUGGAGGGACCGUUCUAGGGCUGGUCUGUCUGCUCCUGUAUUAUACUGUCUGCCACCCCAGAGGGAGGAGUCUACAGGCAGAUGAGGUGGAUGGACACAUGGGACAGGAGAGAGAAACAGAUACGCCACACAACAUGGUGAGAGGUAGGAACUACCUACAGCCCUGAGCCUCGUUUCCUGCUCCACUCUGAACGACCUGAACGACCUGAAAGACCUGAAAGACCUGAUAGACCUGAAAGACCUGACAGACCUGAAAGACCUGAUAGACCUGAAAGACAUGAUAGACCUGAAACCUGAAUGACCUGAACGACCUGAAAGACCUGAAAGACCUGAAAGACCUGAAUGACCUGAAAUACCUGAAUGACCUGAUAGAUCUGAAAGACCUGAAAGACCUGAUAGACCUGAAUGACCUGAACAGUUAAAAAGGAGUUUGAUGUUUGACCUUUCAGGUCUGGUUCCUUCAGCUGAGAUGAAGGAGAGGACAUAAGGGAGUCACUUCACGCUAGUGAAACACAGCCCCUAUCUGUGGAUUCAGGAUGUGCAACGCAAAACAGAGAACACAAGGUGGCACUGUUGUCUCUCUUUACAGGCUAUGGCCAUCUAGCAUUUUAGAGUAAAGUGAAGAGGAAGACGUUGCCACGGACGUUGCCGUUGCUAUGAUGACGUUACUAUGGACUUUCUCUUUGAUAUGUUAAAGACUCUUUUACUGACCUGCCAAUAACUGAAAGAUGUCUAAUUUAUUUUAAUCUCUGACACUCUUUCCACUGUUCCUGCUAGUUUAACUGUCUUUUAACCUCUAUAAGUAUUCUGAUGUUCUGUGU